AGUUGUUUUCCCAACCAGCCAGUUUUAAUGGGCUCAGAAAAUACCCUCUCCUCUUCAAUGUGUCCAUCCCCCACCAUGAAGAGGUCAUCAUGGCUGAACUUAGGUUGUACACACUGGUGCAAAGAGAUCGCAUGAUAUAUGAUGGAGUGGACCGGAAAAUUACAAUUUUUGAAGUACUUGAGAGCACAGAGGACAAUGAGAGUGAAAGAAACAUGUUGGUCUUGGUGUCAGAGGAGAUCUAUGGAACCAACAGUGAGUGGGAAACUUUUGACGUCACCAGUGCCAUCAGACGUUGGCAAAAGUCAGGUUCAUCCACCCACCAGCUGGAAGUCCACAUUGAGAGCAGACACGACGAAACUGAGGGCACUGGCAGGGGACAACUGGAAAUAGACACCAGCGCCCAGAAUAAGCAUGUCCCUUUGAUUGUUGUGUUUUCUGAUGACCAAAGCAGUGAGAAGGAAGAGAAAGAGGAACUGAGUGAAAUGAUCACCCAUGAGCAACUUCUGGAGCUGGACAACCAGGGCCUGGAUGGUUAUUCCAGUGGUCCUGGGGAAGAGGCUCUGCUGCAGAUGAGGUCAAACAUCAUCUAUGACUCCACUGCCCGCAUCAGAAGGAAUGCCAAAGGAAACUACUGCAAGAGGACCCCGCUCUACAUCGACUUCAAGGAGAUUGGCUGGGACUCUUGGAUCAUCGCCCCGCCUGGAUAUGAAGCCUACGAGUGCCGUGGUGUUUGCAACUACCCCCUGGCAGAGCAUCUCACACCCACAAAACAUGCGAUUAUCCAGGCCUUGGUCCACCUCAAGAAUUCCCAGAAGGCUUCCAAAGCCUGCUGUGUGCCCACCAAGCUGGAGCCCAUCUCCAUCCUCUAUUUAGACAAAGGUGUUGUCACUUACAAGUUUAAAUAUGAAGGCAUGGCUGUUUCUGAGUGUGGCUGCAGAUAGAAGAGGAUUUGUGUUGCUUAUUUAAUAACUGUAUAUGUGUAUAUUUUAUGUGCCUAUUUAAUAAGAUUAUUUAAUAAGGGUGUACAGAUCAUAGAGGUUUACUUAGGGAAAUGGACAGGUUGGUUUGUUGUAAGAAAUGCUUAUUUUGUUAUACAGUCUCAUUCCUUCUGAUCUGUGUUUCUCUGGAUUUGCCAUUUCCUGACAAUGCCACCUCCAACAGCAAAUGGCAAGAUCAUGCUAUUUGUCUUCUAUGUCAAUUUGAGAACAACAAUCCCUAAGCAUAAAUAU